AAAAAACCUGAAAAAAAUGGGUUUUUUACUUUUUAUAGCUCAAUCCAGCCCCCAUUCAGCCCCAGGCUUCUAAGAGAAGAGAAAGAGCAAGAAGUCGGAGCCUUGAAGAAGAAAACCCUAAAGGGUUGAAACCCUUUUAUUCGAUUUGUAUCAUUUUCGCAUUUCAUUUCGCGAUCUCAUAUUCUUCAAUUUCCGAAGUGGUUCUGAUUUGGUUAUGGCGAAUUCCAAGGGGUCGACAAACAUCAGGAGUUUGAUGUACUCGGGAAAGCAUGCUUUACUUCCUCCAAAAAGUCCAUUCUAGUGUUCACCAUCAUAUACUGAUUACAUUCCUAGCAGUUUAAUUGGAUCAAAGGCUGUCCAGAAGCCUAGAGAGGGAAACACUCACCAUCAACGUACUUCCUCUGAGAGCCUUCUGAUAGAGGAGCAACCUUCUUGGCUUGAUGACCUUCUCAACGAGCCAGAGACACCUGUACGCAAAGGAGGUCAUCGGCGUUCAUCAAGCGACUCCUUUGCAUACUUUGAUGUAUCUAAUACUUCUAUCACAGAUUAUGCGGCUCAGGAUGAAAACAAAUAUAGAAGUAUGAUAUCUGUGCCUUCUCAAGGAUCACAAGAGUUUGAUUAUCACAGAGAUGCUCGACAUACCUCUUUCUAUCCUGAGGCCAGCUUGCUAAAGCAGAAGAAUAGGCCAUGGGACUCAUCAUCAAGUGCCGGGGCUCAUUCUAGUAGUCUUCCAUCUGCCAGAGAGAGUAUUGCUGUUCAGAGCUCAGGAUCAUUAUGUGCACCAAGAGAGUUGGAGGCAGUCUCAUCUUCAGCAAGUGAGAAACAGGAUCCAGCAGAAUCUGGUUCUCAUGAUCCUGCAAAGGCAUCUUCUGAGAAAAAGGAUAAUACUCAUAACAAGGCAUCUGGUUCUGAUACUGAUACAAAACGUGCAAAACAGCAAUUUGCUCAGCGUUCACGGGUUCGUAAACUUCAGUACAUAGCUGAGUUGGAGAGAAAUGUACAAGCUUUACAGGCAGAAGGCUCGGAAGUCUCAGCGGAGCUUGAAUUUCUCAAUCAGCAGAAUCUUAUCCUGAGCAUGGAGAACAAAGCUCUUAAGCAGCGUUUAGAAAGUUUAUCUCAAGAA